AUGGUCUCCUUUGAAUCAUUGAUCCCAACGCAUCCAGGCCUUCUGCCCAAAUGGCUUGUCUUCAUAUCCGCAGUCUCAUUCUUCAACUCUGCUCAAACUUACUUCACUGGUCCUAAUAUUACCAGACAAGUUUACGCAGCUAAACCAGCCGAGACUACGGGAUUGAGUUCCAGAACUUUUGGUACUUGGACCCUUGUAAGCGCUGUGAUCCGUUUUUAUGGUGGUUAUUACAUUUCUAAUCCGCAGGUCUACCAGCUUACGUUUGCUUCUUAUACCAUUGCAUUGCUGCAUUUCGCUAGUGAAUGGCUUCUGUAUGGAACUACAAGUUUAAGUGCAAAAGGUAGUAAGCUAGCAGGCCCAUUCAUUGUGGCAACCACAAGUCUGAUUUGGAUGUGGACUCAAUGGGAUUACUACGUAAGCCCAGUAUGA